AUGGCUUUGAAUAAAGGUUCAGAAAGGAUUAUCUCUUAUGCAGUACUAGCUAUGGGAGCUGGACAAAUUUCAGGCGGGCUUUCCUUUGGUGUAUUUCCCAGAAGUAGUUCACUCAAUCGAUCUCAAAUUGUCAUUCUUGGCAUGAUCCUGCAUAUCCUCGCCUUCUUCCUCAGUUUUCUUAAUUUGCCUAUGGAAGCUCCGCUACAUAAGACUUCUUCUGUUGGGUACAUCGACCCAAGCAUUUUCAUUGCUAUCGUGACCGCAUAUUUCCUCGGACUGGGUGAUUCAUGCUGGAAUACUCAGAUAUACACUCUUAUUGGGGCCAUGUACAAGGACGAAUCGUCUUGCGCUUUUGCUCUGUUCAAAUUCUUCCAGUCUCUUGCUGCUUGUGCAUCAUUCUACUACAGUUCCGUACUUCUUCUGCAUUGGCAGUUGUUGGCGCUCUGUAUUGGCUCCGCCAUGGCGGCAGUUUGCUUCUUUUCAGUCGCAAAUAAGGUGGAAACUCCCGAGAUCAUUGAAUGA